UGUCGGACAAAAGUGUUGAUCAAUAAGUUAGAAAUUAGAAAAUACGAGAUUUAAUCAAGUAAAAAGCCUAAUCUGUGAUUAUUUGUCUUGAAAACUGUUUCUUUGUCGUACUUGUCCUUAAUUUAACUCGUAAGCAAUGGCGUUCAUCCAUGACGACAUGAAUUUUUAUACAACGCCCGACAAAUUCUACGUGGAGCCGAAUGGAAAGUCCGAGGUGCUCGUUAUCGAUCGGAUAUCACAUGAUGUGUCCUUGAUGCAGGGAAAGACAGCAAUGCAAAUUGUGCCGCCAGGCACGAGUCAGACAUUGCGAAAAGUUUGUGGAAUUUUAGGCGUGAUUCGUGUAACGGGCGGCCAAUAUUUGGUUGUUGCGACGCAUCGUGUCUUCGUCGGCUACGUAAAUCAAGAGGUGGUAUGGCGUUUGGCUGGUUUCGAUCUCGUUGCGUACCACAACUCCCUGACACACUUGAAUGAGGCACAAAAAGCGCAAAAUGACACGUACUUGGAUAUGGUGCGCCACGUCUUAGACACUCCCAGUUUUUACUUUUCCUACACAUACGACCUGUCACACACACAACAACGUUUGCAUGCGAACUCGACAUCGAAGGAGUUUAAGGAACUGGGACUUGCCGAAAGAGCUGACGAGCGAUUCGUGUUCAACCGACAUCUGCUAAAGAGUUUUUUGCGGAGCGAAUUACGACAAUAUUGCUUGCCGCUCAUUCUGGGCUUUGUCAGUAUUCAUCAGGUGAAUGUUAAUGGACACUAUUUUAGUUGGAUUUUAAUUUCGCGACGUUCCAUUGAAAGAGCUGGCCCUAGACUUUUUUCGCGUGGCAUUGACAACGAAGGACACGUCUCGAAUUACGUGGAGACCGAGCAAAUUGUUGAAUAUGACGGAGAUCGAGUGUCGUUUGUACAAACGCGUGGUAGCAUUCCCUUGUUUUGGCGUCAAGACCCCAACUUGAAAUACAAACCAAAGCCGAAAAUUGACUAUUCGAAGGAUCAUCAGACGGCAUGUCAGCGACAUUUUAACCAGCAAGUGUCCCUUUAUGGCAAACAAGUGCUUGUCAACUUGAUUGAUCAUCGUGGCAGCGAAGAAGCUCUCGAAAAAGCAUAUCGGUCUAUUGUGGCAGAGACCACGAAUGAGCAGAAUGUGCGAUAUGAGGCAUUUGACUUUCACACCGAGUGUCGUAAGAUGCGUUGGGAUCGUUUGAACAUUCUUAUCGAUCGUCUGGCGCACGAGCAAGACCAAUUUGGCGUUUUUCACAUUCGCAAAGACUCUGUCGUUCUGUCAUCGCAAACUGGCGUCUUUCGAACCAAUUGCAUCGAUUGCUUGGAUCGAACAAAUGUCGUACAAAGCAUGCUCGCAAGACGUUCCCUGCAAAAUACCUUGACGAAACUGGGCAUUCUCGUGAUGGGACAACGAAUCGAGAAUACUUUUACGUUUGAGAACCUUUUCCGCAACGUGUGGGCGGACAAUGCUGACUUAAUUUCCACGCAAUAUUCCGGCACGGGAGCUUUAAAGACGGAUUUCACUCGCACAGGGAAGCGAACGAUUUUGGGUGCCUUGCGAGACGGUUUGAACUCCAUGACGCGCUACUACAAAAAUAAUUUUAUCGAUGGUUUUCGGCAAGAUAGUUUUGAUCUCUUUUUGGGACACUAUGUAGUUGGUGAAGGAGAAGGUUUGACGACGCCAUCGCCUCUUGUCUCGCAGAAAGGCUGGAAAUACGGAACUUUCCCAGCAGUUUUGCUCGUUGCUGUUGCCAUGUUCUUUGCUUCGUCUGUCUUGCCACACGAAUAUAACACGGAAAAUUUGCUCUUUCUUCUCUUCUGGGGCUCGAUGGUUGGUGUCACGGGAUAUGGAAUUAUCAAAAAUGGCAUUGAAUUUGUUGACUGGCCGAAAUUGGUCCCACCACCUAAGGAAACCGGUCCAAAAAACUUGUAGGGCAAAAACCAAAAGAGCUUCAGCAAUAUUACUUUGAUAUUGUGUGAUGACAUGGAAGUGGGUCAAAUUACGGAAACUUAGAAGAUAUUUUGGUUUUGCUAAACAAAAUUAUUACAAAAAAUUAAACACUUUGAGAGAUCCUGAUUUUCUUUUCGCUUAAAUUAAAUUUAUGUAAAAAGUUCAUGAAAACUAUAAAUAAACAAAAAAUAAUAUU